CAUCCAUUUAAUUUAGGCAAACUCAAAGAUGGCCGAGAAGUUGCAGUCAAGCGCUUACACGAACACAACUACAAACGAGAGGAACAGUUUAUGAAUGAAAUUGAAAUUAUCACCCGCCUGUGCCACAAAAAUUUAGUCACUCUUUAUGGCUGCACUUCACGCCGCAGCCGUGAGCUCCUCCUUGUGUAUGAAUACAUUCCCAAUGGCACUGUUGCUGAUCAUCUCCAUGGUGACCUAGCACACCGUGGUUUACUCAUUUGGCCUAUUCGUAUGAGCAUUGCCAUAGAAACUGCCUAUGCAUUGUCUCACUUCCAUGCUUCUGAUAUCUUGCAUCGUGAUGUGAAGACUAGCAACAUUCUCCUUGAUAACAAUUUGUGUGUAAAAGUUGCAGAUUUUGGGCUCUCCCGGAUUUUCCCCCUUGACAUCACUCAUGUCUCAACUGCUCCACCAGGGUCCCCUGGUUAUGUUGACCCACAGUAUCAUCAAUGUUACCAGCUAACUAGUAAGAGUGAUGUUUAUAGUUUUGGGGUUGUACUCAUUGAGCUUAUAACGUCUAUGCCAGCAGUUGAUAUAACUAGGCAGCGGGAUGAGAUCAAUUUAUCUAACUUAGACAUAAACAAGAUUCGAAAAGGAUUAUACAAUGAGCUGUUAGAUUCAUCUCUUGGGUUUGAGUCAGAUAAUGAAGUGAAAAGGAUGACAAUUGCAGUAGCAGAGUUGGCAUUUCAAUGUUUGCAGCAGGACAACAACAUGAGGCCUACCAUGUCUGAGGUUUUGGAGACUUUGAAGCUAAUUGAAAGCAGGAACAAUGUUCCAGAGAGUUUAAGGGGGGCAUUUGAAGAUGCUGGGAUGAGAACUAUACAGCCAUCACCUUCACCUAAAUCCGUGACCCAAAAAUGGCGUAGCACUGUGUCUACUGCAUCUAAUACAAGUUGCUGA